AUGAGCAACACAGAGCUAGUGACUAUCGCACGGCCUGAAUUGGCCCGGAGCCCCUCCGCAUAUGAAAGGAGCGACAGAUCAGUGUCACAGCGGCAGCAGCACUAUGUUGAAAGUGAACCAACAGAUGGGAGGGGCGUGGAGCAAGAACUUUCGCCUAUUGAUGGAGGAGCUGCCGCUUGGAAACUUCUUUGCGCUGCCUUUGUCUUCGAGACACUACUCUGGGGGUUCCCCCUCUCUUUUGGCGUCUUCCAGGAGCAUUACUCCAAGAUCCCAGAAUUCGCCGAUAAUCGCUACAUCCCUGUGGUUGGCACCAUCGCCUCGGGGCUUGGCUACCUCGGGGCACCAGUCAUCAUGCCCUUCAUCCAGCGUUAUCAGCGCUGGCAGCGGCAGAUGAUUUGGAUCGGUUGGCCAAUUUGUAUUAUCGGCCUCGCCUUGGGGUCCUUUGCGUCUACGCUGGAGGUGCUGAUUCUCACCCAAGGUGUGGCAUAUGGGCUCGGUUUCCUCAUAUUCUACUACCCUAUUCUAAGCAUGGUGAACGAGUACUGGGUUGCUCGCCGCGGCAUGGCAUACGGUGUCCUUUGCGGUGCGUCUGGUGUUUCCGGGUCGUUUAUGCCUUUCGUUCUUCAAGCACUCCUGGCCAAGUACGGAUACAAGACUACGCUUCGUGCCAUGGCUAUCGCUUUGGCAUUGCUCACGGGGCCAUUUAUCCCUUUCCUAAGAGGCCGUCUUCCUUCUUCAGAGCGAGCCAGUAUACCUAGGAUGAACUGGACAUUCUUUCGCAGUCCCUUAUUCUGGGUGUACUCAACCUCCAACCUGUUACAAGGCUUCGGGUACUUCUUCCCUUCGUUGUACUUGCCCUCUUUUGCAUCAUCACUCGGUCUCGGAGGAAAGAGCGGCGCGCUGCUCCUCGCGCUCAUGAGCGUCUGCCAAGUUGCUGGCCAGUUCAUCUUCGGUAUGCUCUCCGACCGCAGAGUACCGCUGGAUGUCCUGGCUUGCCUAUCGACCAUAGUGGCAGCAAUUGCUUGCCUCACCAUGUGGAGGCUUGCUACCUCUCUCCCCGUCUUGAUCCUGUUUGCCAUCUUGUAUGGGCUCUUCGGCGCAGGGUUCACCGCCAUCUGGGCAAGGAUGAGCACCGCCAUAACCGACGACGUGACAACAGCCCCAAUCGUCUUCAGCCUGCUCAAUUUCGGGAAGGGCAUCGGGAACGUUCUUGCUGGUCCUAUUGGGGGGUUGCUGGUUUCCGACCUGAAUACCGCCGGCACACCGCCCUCCGCCUCGUAUCGUUGGGUCAUCGUUUUCACCGGCGUAUGCAUGCUCGCCAGCGCUUGCACGGUCUUCUUACGACACUCAAAGGCCAUUGCCAGCAUAGGUGUACGUCCAGCCCUUGACAACCACACAAGUCCCAGAUCUGCCUGGCACCAUCUCGACGUCCUCACGAUGCACCUCCCCACGACGGCAGACCCGCCCAUCACGGUCUCAACCUACGAGCAAAACCUAGUGUUCAGUCUCAAUGGUAUCGGCACCUCGUACCAGUUCCACGCUGACCACAACUCUGGCGACCUGGUCUCCAGCCACUUUGGGGGCAGGAUUGACCAGCCCCUGCCGGCUUCCGUCACGGAGCGCGGUACCUAUGCGCAUGAGGACAAGCUGCGUCGCCGCGAGUUCCCAGAGCUCGGCCGCGGCGACUUCCGAGUGCCCGCGGUCCAUGUCCGCCACGCUCAAGGCCAUUCCGCCUCCGACUUCAAGUACCGUUCUCACAGCAUUGUCCCCGGCAAGCCCAGCCUCGAUAGUCUCCCGUGCACGUUUGGGACCGAAGACGAAGUGCAGACCCUCGUUGUCCACAUGCACGACGCCUCCAGCUCUGUGACCGCCGAUCUCUCCUACAGCAUCUUUGCCCGACACGACGCCGUUGUCCGAAGUACGAGGAUUAUAAACUCUGGCAACCACCCCAUCACAAUCGAGAAGCUGGCCAGCUUGAGCUUCGACCUCCCCAUGCCUGCGAGGGUAGGAUACGACAUGGUCGGUCUACACGGCGAGUGGGCGAGAGAAAGACAGCGAGUCCGUAGCAGGAUCCGUCCAGGCGUGCAGAGCUUCGGCAGCGCGCAGGGUGUAUCCUCGCACUGGCACAACCCCUUCUUGGCCGUCUGCUCCGGCGACGCGGGGGAGACUCACGGCGAGAUCUGGGGCAUGGCGCUCGUAUACUCCGGCUCGCACCUCUGCGAAGUCGAGCUUAGCCCCCGCGGAGGAGUCCGGAUAUGCAUGGGGAUGAACCCUCUGUGCCUGUCGUGGCAACUCGCCCCUGGAGAGACACUGACUUCGCCAGAGUGUGUGGUCGUGUAUUCUGAGUCCGGGUUCGGCUACAUGUCGCGCAACCUGCACUCGCUCGUUUGCCACAACCUCGCACGCUCAAAUCACGCCCGACUGCCUCGUCCCUUACUGCUCAACGCCUGGGAGGGCGUCUACUUCAACAUUGACGACAAGAUAAUGUCCGAGAUUGCGAAGCAUUCUGCCGCGCUCGGCGUGAAACUCUUGGUCAUGGACGAUGGCUGGUUCGGGGCUAAAUAUCCCCGCGUCGACGACCGUGCCGGGCUCGGUGACUGGGUGGCCAAUCCAGCGCGAUUCCCAGAGGGGCUGGAUGCGUUCGCUCGCAGGAUCCAAAUCGACCACAAGCUCCAGCUAGGUCUGUGGGUCGAGCCUGAGAUGGUCAGUAUCAGAUCGGCACUCUUUGAGGCCCAUCCAGAAUGGGUGAUGGAUAUCAGGGACCACCCUGCUACGGAAAUCCGCAACCAGUUGAUGCUCAACCUGGGACUCCCCGAGGUCCAGGACUAUAUAAUCGAGGCUAUCUCGGCCUUGCUGCGACCAGGACUCAUAAGCUACAUCAAGUGGGACUGCAACCGCGCCAUCACAGAGAGCCCAUCCCCAGCCAGCCACCACAGGUACAUGCUUGGCCUCUACCGCGUACUGGAACAGCUGACACAGCAGUAUCCCGACGUGUUCUGGGAAGGCUGCGCCGCGGGCGGCGGCCGCUUCGAUCUGGGUAUGCUCCAGUACUUUUGCCAGGUCUGGACCUCGGACAACACGGACGCGCUCGACCGCAUCCACAUCCAGCUCGGCACGUCCCUGGCGUACCCGGCAUCGAGCAUGGGCGCGCACGUGUCGCGGUCACCCAACGAGGAGACCCAUCGGGCCGCGAGCCUGUCCUUCCGCGCGCACGUCGCCAUGAUGGGGGCGGGCUUCGGCGUCGAGCUCGAUCCCCGACGGCUCUCUGACGAGGAGCGGGCGGAGCUGCCAGGCCUCCUCGAACUUAGUGGGAGGGUGAACCCUAUAGUUGUUGAGGGCGAUAUGUAUCGACUCAAUCAGGCUGAGAGCCGGGACGGCGGAGGCGGCGACAUCUCCAACUUCCCCGCCGUUCUGUUCGUAUCUGAGGAUGGCGCGCGGGCGGUACUCUUCAUGUUCCAGAUCCGGUUGACGAUGGUACAAGACCGCCCGACUAUACGCCUCCAGGGCCUGGAGCCACGCGCGCAGUACACGCUGGAGGGGAGGGGCCAAUAUUCCGGACUGACCUUGAUGAAUGCUGGAGUCGUCCCGAAGUUCAAGAAAGAUCUGGACAGUGAGCUUGUCCUUAUUUCUCGGGUAGCAUGA